AGCACAGAGCACGUACAGUGCCACAGCCUGACCGCCAAGGGGAAGGAACGCCUUGUCUUUUCUCUGGUAUAUGCAAAUUUCUCAUGGCUCUACAUGCCUCAGCCUGGAGGAAGAGAAGAGAGGAAGACAUUUUCCGAAGGGGAGGUGCAUAAAGUAGGAACCGUUUCAAACUUAUUACACUUCGAAACAUGAGCGUGAGUUACAGGUGACAUCUGCUGACAAAUGGAACGGGAGGAGAAAGACCAGCUGUAAAUCACUCUAUGAACAUCAUUCCAAAGUGGAUUUAAUACACCGUCUAUGCUGCUGAAAAGAGGUCCAGAUGAUCCAAGAUGACUCAGGCACUUCCGAGCCAGAGCUUAGCUUCAGACCUGCUGGAAGCAGUAGAUACUGAGGAGCUCCAGCUCAGAGUGGACUUCUUCAGGAAACUGGGUUAUUCCUCAGCAGAGGUGAAUUCUGCUCUGAGGAGGCUGGGGCUCAGCACAGACACCAACUCAGUGCUCGGAGAGCUGGUCAGGAACAGGACCGGCACUGCACCCUGUGUGUCAAAUUCUGACAGCGAUGAAAGGAACGUGGGCCAAAGGGACUCUCUGCUGCCUCUCAGCUGGGCUCUUGGACCCAGAAUCACACCACAGCUGGGGGACAGGAAGAAUACAGACACAGAAUUGAGGCCUAUUGUUAUUGAUGGCAGCAAUGUUGCAAUGAGUCAUGGCAACAAGGAAGUGUUCUCCUGCCGAGGUAUCCAGCUGGCAGUGAAUUUCUUCCUGGACAGAGGUCAUAAUACCAUUACUGUGUUUGUUCCCACUUGGCGCAAAGAGCAACCCAGACCUGAUGCCCCCAUAACAGAUCAACACCUACUGAUGGAGCUUGAAAAAUGUAAAAUACUUGUCUUCACUCCAUCACGUCGAGUUGGAGGUAAGCGAGUGGUUUGCUAUGAUGACCGCUUUAUCGUCAAGGAGGCGUAUGAGUCAGAUGGUGUGAUCGUAUCCAAUGACACAUACCGUGACCUCCAAGGGGAAAGACCCGAGUGGAAGAAAUGCAUCGAGGAGAGACUCCUCAUGUACUCUUUUGUCAAUGACAAGUUCAUGCCCCCAGAUGACCCUCUGGGUCGCCAUGGCCCCAGUCUUGACAACUUCCUUAGGAAAAAGCCUCUGCCUACAGAGCAGAAGCGACAGCUCUGUCCAUAUGACAAAAAGUGUACUUACGGCAUCAAAUGUAAGUUCUACCAUCCAGAGCGGGCAAACCAAUCCUAUCUGUCCCUGGCUGAUGAAUUAAGAGAAAAAGCCCAUAUUUCUACUGUAAAAGAACAGCGAAAUGCCACAUUAUCACCCAGUCAGGUUCAUUCUGACCCUGGGCCUCCUCAGAGUGCCAGCUCCCAUCCUCGACACUCUAGCACAGAGCUCAUUAGAGACCAGCAAAAGUCUCCACGUCCUGGUCAGGUUAGUGAAAAUAAACUGCUGCAUUGGGAUGGUUCUAAAAACAGUCAAAGUCAUAUGCCUUGUUCUAUAACAGGAGGCCACUGUCCAACAGAUUGGCCAGGGCCGCAUUCGGUGCUCGGUCAUUACUAUCCCAAUGUCUCACAUGAGUACCUAGAUUCUGGCCUUGGCUCUUUUGAGAGCCAGUACCCUGAUAUUUGCCUCAGCAACACUCACAGGCUCAGGUCCCACGCUGGACCCAGACAUGUCUCAGCGCAUUUAGGGAAAAAUAACACCAUCGAGUCCUGUAGCACCUGUUCAAACGUAGCUCGCCAGCAACGUCGUAGAAAUCUGGAUGCCAAGGGUCAGCCCAGCUACUCUCCUCACAUGUUUCUGCCCAAUGUGUCGCACCAACACAGCCUGCCCACCCACCUCCAUUUCAGUGGAACCCCCCAUCAUCAGCAAAAUUACUGGUCAGAUCCGUUUCAAGGGCUGUCCCAAGUCAGGACAUCGUGCAGCCACCCAUCUUCGGUCCAUUCUUCACACUCCCAGAACUCUUGCUGCUCCUGUGAGAGCUACCAGUGCCAUGCCUGGAGCCAACAACCGCCAUUGUCUCCUGUGUUUGACCCACAGAGGUUGGAACUCCGUAAGAAACUGCAAGCCAUCUUCAACCCAUAUCAGGUGGAUGCUGUCAUGAAAAUGUUCCCUCAUGUGAUGGAUGCAGAGAAACUGGCUGCAGAAAUCCUCAACCUGAAAGCUCAGAGUGGGGUAUUCUGAUCAUUUCUCUAACAGUUUUAUUCCCUUGCAGCCUUUUCACUUGAUCUCUAUCAUAUCAAACAGCAGAUCUUUUGAGAAGCUUCUAUAGUGUCUAUAGCGGCAUGAUUUGAAAGCUAAUUACAAAGAUGUUACGUGAAAAUUGAAUAUCGACUUUUGAACAGUUUAGAUGAUCUGUUCUGAGUUAUAUGCAUUUGUAUGACAUUAUAGUCAAACGUGAUCCUCUAUGUUUUGGACGAAAAGUGCCUCUAGACUAAAAGUAGUUCAGGCUGAGAGUCUAGAAUUUUGACUGUUGAUGCAUAUUGUGUCAAAUGUGAUGUGUAUUAAGCUCUCAUGCAAUAAGAAAUUGAUGUAUAAGUAUUAUUUGUUUACUUCCACUGUAAUUCUCUAGAACAGGCUGCUGUUCAGUGUUAGGCUACUGUAUCUCUGUCAGGUGUAGCUACAGUAUAUUUCAAUAUGCGGUAUAUUCAAUAUAUGCAAUACACCCAGUGCAUUCAUCUGGUGUCAGUCCAGAAAAGGAUCUUGACUUUCAAAUAGUAUUUAUAGUAAAAUAUUAUCCAACAAGGAAACUGAGAAAAAACUUUGACACUACUGAACAGAGUCUACUGCCAGUGUGCCCUUGUCCUCUUCCUGUAAAUCAGUGUCAGUUUUAUGAAACACUGUCAGAACAGGAGUUGCUAAGACAUUACAUUUAUAUUUUGGUAAAUGUGUGAUUGAAAAUUAUCUAAAUAUGUCAUUAAAGGUAUUUUUAUUCUCAUGAAUACACAAAUUACUAUACAUGUAUACUAUAUGACUGGCAUUCAAUGUAUAGAGAAAACCAUGUCACUAUUAUGAGUGCCAGUUUGGGAGUUACUUGUAAGGUUAGUGAGCUUAGCUAAUGCCUCUGUAAAUAUCUCCAACAUGUAUCAGAAACUCAGGAAUCCAAGUAUUAGCGCUCAUUCAUACUUUUAUCAUAUUCACAAAUUUUGUGCAACCACAGCUUCACAGAGUUGCUAGCAUGACUACAGACUGUUAUUCUUGUUUUGAUUUAAGGGAAAACAACACAAUUUCCACACAUUAACAUUAAUACUGAAAUGAGCUCAGACUGCAGAUUGGAAAAAAAAAACUGUAUCUUUGUCUUUAGCUGAACCUAUGUGUCUGAUACUUUGACCUUUGGGAUUUAUCUCUAAAGAUCGUUUAAAGUUAAGUUUCAGAUAUUACCCAACAUUUGUUCACAGUAAAAGCAUUAUUUGUUCAAGGCAAACAUUCACACAGUCAAUACUGAAUGUAAAUGCAUAGUUAACAGAAUUUU